AUGUCCCACUUUGACGCGCUCACAAAGUGCUGGCACGGUCUCCGCCAGCCUCCGAUCCUGAAUCCGGCCGCCAGCCUCGGCCAGGUGAUCAUCAACCUGCUGGAGCGCACCCCGGACAAGGUGUUUGAGAUUUGUGCCGACAGCGGAGCGGAGUUCACCUGUCGAGAGCUACGCCUUCGGAUGAUCCGGGCGGCGCUCAAUCUGACCAAAAGGUAUGGCCUCACGAAGGGAGACGUGGUCUGCAUGGCCGUCGAGAAUAGCCCACGGGUGACGGCGUCCUUGCUGGGAUGUUUCUUGGUGGGAGCUCCUGCGCACGCAUUACACGCCCACUUCGAGGAGUCCGACCUGAUGCACCUGAUGGGCAUCACGAAGCCCAAGUUGGUGUUCUGCAACGGGCAUAACUUGGCCACGGUGAAGCGGUCGCUCGAUGGUAUCGGGUUAAACGCGCAGAUUCUGGUGUUGGACGCGCCGGAAACUGAGGAAACCCUGUUUUCACCCGUGGACAACGAAGACAAGUACCAACCACCUUACCUGGGCGAUUCGGACAAAACCGUGGCCGCGAUCGUAUGCUCCUCCGGAACCACCAACCUCCCAAAAGCCGUCUGCGUCAGCCACGCCCAGUUGAUCGCUCCGUACGUGCGCGUUACCGGCCUCGGAGUCGAAACCUUCCUCUGCUUCAGCUCGCUCUACUGGGGAUCGGCCUUCCAAAUGUUGAUGCUUGCCCUGUUCAACGGUGGAACGCGUAUCACCACCGCGAAAUCAUUCAGCCCAAGCUUCGCCGGAGAGCUGAUCGCCAAGUACCGCGUCACGACCAUCUUCACGCCACCGCCAAUGCUGGCGGACCUGGUUGACCACUGGGAGGCGAACCAGCUGCGGUUUCCUUCGUUGCGCAUCGUGGGCACCGGAGGAUGUGCCCUGCCGGAGGCGUUGCGGAAGCGAGCGGAUGCGCUGCUCAACCCGGAAGGGCGCGUGUUUUUGGGCUAUUCCAUGAGUGAGUUUGGCGGGAUUAUUGCGCUGGACAUGGUGCCCAGGGCGGGGUCCGUAGGAAUGCUGGCGACGAACGUGACGGCGAGGAUCGUCUCCGAAGACGGCACCCGCGUCCUCGGCCCCAACGAGGAGGGUGAAAUCCAAGCAUCGUACCCGCACCGCUUCAUCGGAUACUACGCCAACCCGGAGGAAACCGCUGCCUUCUUCACGCCGGACGGCUUCAUCCAAACGGGCGACAUUGGGCGCUUCGAUGCCGAUGGCUUCCUGUACAUUACGGACCGCCGCAAGUCGAUGAUUCGCUACCGCAACUUCCAGAUCGCUCCGGCCCAGCUGGAGGCGCUGAUCGUCGAGCUGGCCGGGAUUAGCCAAGCGGUGGUGGUCGGGCUGCCGGAUCCGAAGGUGGCCAGCAAUGACUUGGCGACGGCGCUGGUUGUGGUGCGGGGGGGCUCGGUUAGCGCGGAGGAGAUUGUGGCGCACGUGGACGGGCGGGUCCCGGACUACAAGCGGCUGCGGGGAGGAGUUUUUAUCGUGGAGUCGCUGCCGAGGACCGGCAACGACAAGAUCGAUCGACGACGGGCCACGAAGCUGGCACGAGGGCUUUCACAACUUUGUUGAGGGAGGGGUUUUGGCUUUUGUUUUUAGUUUACCCUUUUUAUUUUUGACUUUUUUUGUUUGUCAUG